AUGUCAAGACUAAAAACUGGUUUGUUUGUGCUUUUAGCACUCACAUUAACGUACUUGUUCCUUGAGCACAAAUUCGGUCGAGUAGUGCGAUUACGAAAAUGGAAUACACUCCUGGAGAGGAAUAAGAAUUUCUCGAAAAAUGAUAGUUCGAAGAAAUGGAUUGUCGUUACUACAGUUCAUCAUCCAGCAGAAGAUAUUAAGCGUCUCUCACGCAUUCCUAAUUGGACAUUAGUUGUGGUAGGAGACAUAAAAACGCCAAAGGAUUGGUAUGUGGAAGGAGCUCACUUCCUAAGUGUAGAAGACCAAGAAAAACUCGGUUAUCGCAUUAUGGGCUCUCUUCCUUAUAAUUCGUAUGCACGUAAAAAUAUUGGAUACCUAUACGCAAUUGCAAAUGGAGCAGAGUGGAUAUAUGACACGGAUGAUGACAACAAGCCUUUUGGGCUUGGAUUAGAACAGUUCGAAUAUUCUAACGAAACGAGUGGACUACGCUAUGGUUGCAGUUCUCCAGAUGAAACUAAGAAGAACAAAAAGUUUUCAUCGGAAAAACUUUUCAACCCGUAUUCGUUCUUUGGAAAUGCAGAUAUGUGGCCUCGUGGAUUUCCCAUCGAGUACAUACAGAGCCAUACAAAUGGUCCAGAUCGCUAUUGUUUGUGUCAUCGGACGCGCACUGCGGUUGUGCAACAGGGACUCGUUCAUAAGGAUCCUGAUGUGGAUGCUAUUUACAGACUUUUGCAUGCGAAUAAAAUGGACGGGCUGGACGAGAAAUUUAAUAGAUUCACUCCUCCUGUUACUCUUUCACGUGGAACAUAUGCACCGUGGAAUUCUCAGAACACUCUGUUCCACCGUCGAGCUUUUUUCACCCUUGCAUUGCCAGCGUUUGUGCAAUUUCGUGUCACGGACAUUUGGAGAUCGUAUUUUGCACAAAAGCUCCUACAUAUAAUCGGCGAAAAUAUCGCAUUUUAUCCUGCCAACGCGAUUCAAGUCAGAAAUUCUCAUGACUUUCUCAAAGACUUCCGUAGUGAAAGAGAUAUGUACAAGGAUUCGGGGAAAUUGCUGAAAUUCCUAGAUGAGUGGAAGUGUAAUGAUAUAUCUGUGGACAAAUGUGUUCUUCAGUUGGCGAAAGCGUUCAGAUACGAGUUUCCACCGCCCAUGAGCGCGGAUGAAUAUACUAUUCCUCCUGAUGAGAACUUUCGAGGAGUCAAUUGUAGACGUGUGGAAAUGGAAUUUCUGUCAGAGCGUGUAAACCUGAACGAGGGAAGUAAGAGAUCGGAACUAAAAAUAAGGAUGGCUGGUGAUAUUUCUGACUGGUGCGCGGCCGCAAACCAUACUGAACUUCUUCACAUGUUGCCAUCACCGGAACAGCUUAAUGAUGCGCAUACCAAUCACACUGUGCUAACAGAUCUCGAAAAUACGGUGCUGGUUGUAACAUAUAAUUACCCUAUGAACGGAACUAUUGGGUUAAUACAACGGCUUUACCAGCCCUACUUUGGUGUGACGAUAUUCUGUGGAUCAUGGUUUCCGAAAGAAUACGAUCAAAAAGAUUUUCCAAAAAUACUGCACCCCCUCAACUACAUUCAUUUGUCAAAACAUGAAAUGAACGCGGGCUAUUUUGCUUACUACUGUUUGUCAAAAGUCAAGGAUUUGCUGCUUCAAAAUGUCUUAGGAUAUUUUGUGAUGGCAGACGACACUACGUUUAAUUUUUGGCAUAGUGUAGAUUUGAACAGUACUGUGCACUCGAUUGGAAUUAGUGCUCAAAAUGAAAGUGGAAUUUGGUGGCCAUCUGAAAUGGGUAUGACAGCUGUAAAAAAGGCGAGAACAUUAUUUGAAGAGAAAUAUAAAAACGAUGCAGCUGUACAGGCGGUAUGGAAGCAAUACGCUGACGGGUUGGCAUCAAACAUGAUGACUGGUGUGACAGCAUCUGAGCAUCUAACAACGAGAGAUGGUUGGUCAAUGAGUGAUUUGUACUACAUACCAGCUCAUUUAUUGGAUUAUCAUGCUGGAUUGAUGGAGAUCUUCUUUGAAGCGAAUGUAUUUCAUGAAAUCGCUAUUUCAAAGUACCUUUAUACUGUUCCACAUCAAGGAAUCAACUAUUCAAGCAAUUCAUCAGUCAGACUAUUCCAAGAUUUGAUGGACUUCCGCGGUUUAUGGGCUAAUUUAUAUUAUGCGGAUCUUAUUGGAUUGCAUCCUAUAAAGUUCAGCGAGUUUGUAGAUAAAAUGACGCGCAAACGGGUGAUGUCAAGACUAAGUACUGGUUUCCUUAUGCUUCUUUCACUCACAGUAGUGUUCUUGUUCGUUGAGCACAUAUUAGGUCCGAUAGGCGGGCUGCAGAAAUGGCCUACAAUUUUAGUAAGGAGUAAGAUUUUUCAAAAGAAUAGCAAUUCAAAGAAAUGGAUCGUCGUAACUACGGUUCAACAUCCAACAGAAGAGAUCAAGCGUCUCUCUCGCAUUCCUAAUUGGGCACUAGUUGUGGUAGCAGACGUAAGGACGCCAAAAGAUUGGUAUGUGGAAGGAGCUCACUUCCUAAGUAUAGAAGACCAGAAAAAGCUGGGUUAUCGGAUUAUGGACUCUCUUCCAUAUAAUUCGUAUGCGCGAAAAAAUAUUGGAUACCUAUAUGCAAUUGCAAAUGGAGCAGAAUGGAUAUACGACACGGAUGAUGACAAAAAGCCUUAUGGACUUGGACUGGAGCAAUUCGAAUAUUCUAACGAAACGAGUGGAUUACGCUACGGUUGCCGUCCUCCAGAAAGAAAAAGGAAUAAUUUUAACGAAAAGUUUUCAUCGGAAAAACUUUUCAACCCGUACUCGUUUUUUGGAAAUGUAAAAAUGUGGCCUCGAGGAUUUCCCAUCGAGCACAUACAGAGCCACACAAAUGGUGCAGAGCGAUCUUGUCUAUGUCAUCAGAUGCGCACUCCCAUUGUGCAGCAAGGACUUGUUCACAGAGAUUCCGAUUUGUACGCUCUUUACAGGGCCUCGCAUGCCGACGAAAAGGACAGAGUCGACGUAAAAUUUAACAGAUUCACUCCUCCUGUAACUCUUGCAAGUGGAAUAUACGCACCAUGGAAUUCUCAGAACACUCUAUUCCAUCGUCGAGCAUUUUUCACACUUGCAUUGCCGGUGUCUGUGCCAUUUCGUGCCACAGACAUUUGGAGAUCAUAUUUUGCGCAGAAACUUCUUCAUGUAAUUGGUGAAAAUAUUGCAUUUUAUCCGGCUAACGCAAUACAACUCGGAAAUUCUCAUGACUUGUUCAGCGAUUUUCGUACUGAAAGAGAUUAUCAUUUAUACAAGAAUUUUGGGAACUUGUUGAGAUUUCUCGAUGACUGGAACUGCAAUCAUAAAUCAUUGGAUAAAUGUGUUCUAAAGUUGGCAGAAGAGUUCAGUGCAAAGAAGUUUUGGGGAAAGACUGAUGUGGCACUGAUAAGAAAGUGGAUAGAGGAUCUUCAUAACAUUACAUAUGAAUUCCCAUCACUCAACAGCGUGAAAGAAUAUGCUGUUUCUUCUAAAGAAAACUUUCGAGGAGCCAAUUGUAGACGUGCCAGGGUGCAAUUCCACUCAGAGCGUGUAAAUCUGAACGAGGAUGGCAGGAGAUCAAAACUCAAAAUAAGAUCAGGUGUUGCUCUUUCCAACUGGUGCGCGGCCGCCAACUAUUCUGAAAUUCUUCACAUUCUACCAUCACCGAGACGGGUUAAUAAUGUUCGCGCCAGGAACAAUGUACUAAAAUACCUCGAAAAAACAGUCUUGGUUGUAACAUAUAAUUACCCCAUGAACGGAACUAUUGGCUUAAUACAACGGCUUUACCAGCCAUACUUCGGUGUGACGAUAUUCUGUGGAUCAUGGUUUUCGAGAGAAUACUAUCAAAAAGCUUUCCCAAAAGUACUGCAUCCCUUCAACUACAUCCAUUUGUCAAAACAUGAAAUGAACGCGGGGUAUUUUGCUUACUACUGUUUGUCAAAAGUCAAGGAUUUGCUGCUUCAAAAUGUCUUAGGAUAUUUUGUGAUGGCUGACGACACUACCUUUAAUUUUUGGCAUAGUGUAGAUUUGAACAGUACUAUGCACUCGAUUGGAAUUCGUCCUAAAAACGCGUCUGGACCAUGGUGGCCGUCUGAAAGCGGAAUGGUCGCUGUGAAAAGAGCGAAGUCCCUGUUUGAAGAGAAAUAUAAAAACGAUGCAGCGGUACAGGCGGUGUGGAAGCAAUACGGUGACGGGUUGGCGUCAAACAUGAAGACUGGUAUGACCGCAUCCGAGCAUCUAACAACGAAAGAUGGUUGGUCAAUGAGUGAUUUGUACUACAUACCAUCUUCUUUAUUGGAUUAUCAUGCCGGAUUGAUGGAGAUCUUCUUUGAAGCGAAUAUAUUUCAUGAAAUCGCCAUUUCAAAGUACCUUUAUACUGUUCCACAUCAAGUAAUUUCCAAUUCAACGAAUUCGACAAACUCAUCAACUAUACUAUUCGAAAAUUUGAAGGAAGACCGUAGUAUAUGGGAUAAAAAAUAUAACGAGGUUAUUAUCGCACUACAUCCUAUAAAGUUACGCAUGUUAGCAAAUAGAAAAAUUCGUAAAAGAAUGACAUCGAAGUCGUUGAAAACUUUCAUCGUAGCCGUAUUACUAAUUAUUGGUUACCAAUUUAUUCUGAAUAGUAUAAAUGCUCCCGUACAAUCCGAAUAUUUCCAGAAAUUUGCUGCGGAAAGGACUAUAAAGCAAAGAAAAUGGAUUGUCGUGACCUCUAUACGCAGUCCUUCAAAAUGUUUUGAGCAUUUAUCAAAUAUUUCUGGUUGGUCUGUAGCUAUUGUUGGAGGUAGUAAAACUUGCAAGAACUGCUCCACGAGAAAGGUUCACUUCUUGAGCAUAGAGGAUCAGAGUAAGCUUGGUUACCGCAUACAUGAGAUUCUUCCUCGGGAUUCAUACGCACGAAAGAAUAUUGGAUAUCUAUACGCCAUUAAAAACGGUGCUGAGUGGAUAUAUGAUGCAGGCGAUGACAUCACGAUUUCUGAAAGCGAUCUCGAAAAAUUUGCCUAUUCCGAAGAAACAAGUGGCCUACGUUAUGGAUGUCGUUCACCUGGAAAAGACUCGGAAGAAAUUUCUACUGCGCAAAGCUCCAUCGCCGAGCAACUUUUCAAUCCAUAUGCAUUUUACGGCCGACCGAACAUAUGGCCUCGUGGAUUCCCAGUUGAAUACAAACAGGAUCACAUCGAUAUGCGUGAACAUUGUUGCUUAUGCCACAAAAUGCGUACGCCUGCUAUCCAACAAGGUCUCAUUCACGAUGAUAUCGACCCUAUAACAAGGAUCGACGGAAGAGUAUUAAGGGACGACGAUUUCAAUCAAAUUGCUCCACCUGUAAUUCUUGAUUCUGGGAUUUAUGGUCCAUUGAACUCUCGAAACACAUUAUUUCAUCGUCGUGCUUUCUUCACGCUUUUUCUACCCGUCUCAGUGAAGCCGCGAGUCAUGGAAACAAUCAGAUCGUAUUUCGCCCAAAAACUUCUACAUAUAAUCGGUGAAAAUAUCGCCCUUCAUCCUGCGAACGCGGUUCAAAUGACAACCUCAAACGAUCAGUCAGUUCCUAAAACAUUGAAAAGCGAUGACUACCUGGAACUAGGACAACUGCUAAGAUUUCUACAGGAAUGGCGUUGUACUCAUGAAAAUAUCACUAGAUGUACUACUCAGCUGGCACAUGAAUUCAGAGCAAAGAAGUUUUGGAACAGCAUUGAUACGGUUCUAGUAACAAAAUGGAUUGAAGAUCUCCAAAGUAUUGGAUAUGAGUUCCCCUCGCGUGUCGACGAUAACGAAUAUCAAAUUUCUCAAAAUGAAGAUUCGCGUGGAGACAAUUGUAGGCAAGCCAGUGUGGAGAUUUUGUCAAUGUUUUCGAAACUAAGCGAGGUCGACAGCAGUUUCACCUCUAAGUUAACGGCGUUCACCGACCUCGCCGAAUGGUGCGCACGGGCGAACUCUCCCGAUCUCCGUCAAAUGAUGCAUUCAUCCAAGGAUUACAAUCAUGAGGCUGGCAACAGCAGUGUGCUUACUGAUCUCCAAUCUACAGUUAUUUACUUAGCUCUGAUUAUAACAUUUAACUAUCCUAUCAACAAAACAAUAGGAGUGCUUCAAAGGAUGUAUCAACCAUAUUUUGGCAUAACAAUAUUCUGUGGAUCAUGGUAUCCGAAACGAUACGAUGAGAACGGAUUUCCUAGGAAAUUUCGCCCUUUCAAUUAUGUUCAUCUGUCGGAAAAUGAAGCAUAUCAAGGAUUCUUCAUCUACUACUGUUUGUCGAAAGUCAAGGAAAUGCGUCUCACGAAUGUGCAGGGCUAUUUUGUGAUGGCAGAUGACCUCACCUUCAAUUUUUGGCAUCAAAUGGAUUUGAAAAAGACGAUGCAUGUGAGUGGAACUGGAUAUAUAAACCGAAGAGGCAGGUGGACCACCAUAUUCGGCCUACAUGCAGCGUCUGCAGCAGUGCAAUUAUUCGAAGAAAAGUAUAAAAACGAUGCAGGAAUACAAGCUGCUUGGAAUCAAUUCCGUCAUGGACUUGAAUCUGAGGUGAAGGAGGCAGUAAAUCCUUCCGCGAUUUUACUUUCAAUAGAUGGUUGGACAAUAAGCGAUCUGUUCUACAUCCCAUCCUAUUUGUUGGAAUACUACUCCAACCUAAUGGAGGUUUUUUUCGAAGCUGGUCUUUUCCACGAAAUAGCUAUCAAUAAGUUCUUGUACACCGUCCCACAUACGAGAUUUAACAUCUCACGAUUUCAUUAUCUCCUUGAAGCAAGUGAACGUUCCACAUGGUACAAGAACUACAGUGCAAGUCUCAUCUCAUUGCACCCCAUCAAGCUUAGUCAACUAUACGAAACCACUUUUCGAAAACAGUUCUGCAACACCGUAUUGUCAGCGUUUUGGUCAAAUCUGUUGCGCGCAAAGGCGAAUAAGCUGUCCUAG